CACUGGAGAUACCAUACCAUCCGGGAGGAUUUUAUUCUUCUCGUUUCCCGGCCAGCAUGGAUUUUCUCAAUCACAACUACUUGAGCGCCAGAGGGCCCUACGACUACACGUUUAAUUUCUGGAACGACUACUUGGGCCUGACCACGCUGGUCACCAAGAACCCCAAGCUGAGCAUGCCCCACAUGAGCCCCAACUCCAUCACCGAGUCUCUGAAGGCCACGCUGGGGCUGGACGACGCACCCGAGUGCGCCUGCGCCUGCGAAGGCGGCGCGCUGGAGGGCGGCGGCGGCGGCUGCUGCUACUGCUUCGGAUGCGCGCCCGCCACGCCCCCAUCGCCGGGCUGCGUCGCGGAGCUCAAGGAGCGUUUCUCCAUCCUCAGCCCCUUCCAGAGCCAGCUGCCGGAGCGGGAGGCGCACGGCUGCUUCUCCGGCUUUGAGCGCAUGAGGACCCGCGGCAAGCCUGCGUCCGUGCGCGCUAAACUGGAGCCCAAAAUCUGCGUCUUCUGCCGGAACAACGGCGCCCCCGAGGAGGUGUAUGGGUCGCACGUCCUCAAGACGCCCGAUGGCCGGGUGGUGUGCCCCAUCUUGCGGGCGUAUACCUGCCCGCUCUGCAGCGCCAACGGGGACAACGCGCACACCAUCAAGUACUGCCCUCUGUCUAAGGAGCAGCCCCCGCAGAGGCCACUCAAGGGCGGCCGGGCUGUGGGGGGUAAGCGGAUGAGAAUAUUCUAAAAAAAUAAAUAAAAAAGGGAGGAAGAGCAGAGAGGGUGAAAGAGUGAGUGAGCGAGAGCGAGAGAGAAAUAUUAGAGAAAAUACGACUAUGUAUGACAAAGAGUAUGAUGAAGAAUUGCACUGAACAAUUUGCAGAUCACUGUUUCUAUUAUUUAGACUUGUAUCACAUACAUUCAUGCAGGGGUGUCCAGCAAAAUAUAUAUAUACAACAUUAUCAUAUUUAGACCAAUCCAAUGCAAGUUGGAAUAUUUUAAUCAGUUAAAUAUAUAUAUUUUUAAAUACUGUAUGUUUUGUCUUUUAGGCAACAAAGCAAACUUUUUGGGUCAUUUUUCAUGCAUAUUAAUUUUUCUUCUUUUUUUCUUGUCUUCUUUAAAAAAACAUUUCAGUGUGGUCCUAAACUUCAUUUGUCAUGUUAAUUUUUAUUCUUAGACAAUUUAAUACUGUUUUGGUUAUUGUUAUUAUUAUUUUGAACUAUUUACGGUCACCCUGUAAAUUUUAAUUCUUUAUUUCUCUUUUGUCUAUUUUGGUAUUUCUUUUCUUUGCUUUUGGGUUUGGCCAUAAACUUCCUUUGUAAUGUUAGUUUUUAUCAUCAAAUAUUUUUUCACUUUUCUAUCCUUUUAUUCUUCUGCAACAGGACCAUAAAAAUGUGGUUACACUAUAGCUCACGAGCAGCACUUUGGACACCACCUGAUGUAUCCAGAUCUAUUUUUAUAGUUCCUUUAUUCACUCAUAGACGCCUUUGUACAUUGUAUUUUUUUUUUCUUUUCUAGUGGGUAGCCAUUGGCAAGCUAAUGAGUCUGUAUAGAAACACCAAUGUACAGUAAAAAAAAAUUAGUCUUUUGGGCAGGUGGAAUUUGAAUGUCAUGUUUCUAUAAUGACUAUUUUUGUAUAUCUGGCAGCAAAGCUGACCUCUUUUGUUGUCAUCGUUUAGAAAACCAAAGUUUUGUUGGCCAUUAAAAACCCUCCUGUUGUGUUGCAGGUCAACUGGACCCAUAUAAAACUUGAGAAAAGUUUGAAUAUUUGCAAGGAAACAGUUAGUAGAUUACUUACACAUAAACAACGCUUAUUGUUAUUGUUUUUUUUCUUCUUCUUUUGGGGUUGGGGGACUUUGGGAUUGUCAAACAUAGCUCAGGUCAAAUUGAACCAAAUGGAACUUCUUCUGCAAAGUAACGUGAAUCAUAACAACGAAACAAUGAUUGCUUGCAUUUCCCUUCCCAUUUGGAGACUUUUAGAUCAUCACACAAGCCCUGGGUCAAACUGACCCGUGAAAUGGUUAAUCACUGAGUUAAUAAUGACAUAUGAACAAUCCAUUUUGCGACCACGCCCUGUUCUAGACAGUGGAUCAAGGCACACUUCCCUGGUCAAAAUGACCCAUAUGAUAUUCCUUUCACUUGGCAUCCAAAAUGUAUAAUUUGAGUAAAUCAAUAUUUAUUAGAAUUUCUCCAUUCAGUUUUGGACGAUUCAACAGGAUUUGGGUAAUUUAACAUACCCUGGGUCAAACUGACCCAUUUGGAACCAUUUCACAAACUGAGUUAAUUUCAAAUAUUAUUUUAUUAAAUUAAAUCAGUAAAACAUCUUUAUUGGGAUUUCCUUCUGUUUCUGACACUGAUGAUUCAUGAACCAUGCCAUGGGUCAAAAUUACUCUUGUGAAACUUCUCAACAAAAACAUUAUUUUACAAUGAAAUUAUUAGUUAUCGAGUUAUUAAAUACAAAUUUUCUUAUUUUUGAAUUCCAUUUCAAACAAGUCUGUAUGCGAAACGUCUUGUCUGAAAGCAGUUAGUUUCAUAUAUUUGCAAUGAAAGUGAUAUUGAUCUAUUGAUGACAUAUAAAAGUUGUUUAUUUUGUUUUUUAUGUGACACUUCUGGAUCAUUCGACACACCACGGGAAGAAUGACCCGAUAAAACUUCUUGAUAAAAGCAGAUCAUCAGAAAACUGAAUUGGAAUGAUUGAUUUAAUACAGCAAUGACAUGUAAAAUUGCUUUUUGGUAUGUUUGUUACUAUUUGCUUUUCAUUUCUGAGACUUCUGUCUCAUUCUAAAAAAACACCUGGGUCAACUUGACCCUCGGACAUUGUUGCUGUUCCUAAGAAAACACAAGGAACAGGAGGGUUUAACAAAAGAAUGUGUCUGGUCAGGAGUUGUUUGAUCCCACAAAAGUUGACAGUGAGUCUGCAGAGGUGGGCCUGGGUGGGACACAAUGUGUCCUCUGUUUUAGGGAGCUGCUGUUCUUUUACUCCUAGGAAUGGUCCGUCCCCCCCCCCCCCCCCCCUCCAAACUUUUCCAAGCCAAACGCCUUCUUUUUUGUUUACAUUGCCAAAUAAGGGCACCGACACACUGGAUUUUGCGCUUCUUCUUCCCACUUGGAGACAAGCAAAUGAAUGUCAACCAUACGCCCGAUUUACUGAGGAGUUCCCAAAUAAUCAACAAUUAUCAUUCAAGACUGUUGCGAAUGUAUGCAGGACUGCGCUUGUCUUGACAGUUUACCAAAGGAAUCAACGGUGAAGGCUGGCACGGGCGCGUGCCUGUGCGUACGUGCGCGCGCGUGAUGUCAGUGUCUGAACAAAGAGUGACCACAAGAGGGUGCUACCUCAACCUGAUUUUUGUACUUUAAAGAAAAAAACAACAAGUCUAAGGCAGUUUAUUGAUAGAAUGCCAUUUAUAAUAAGGGUUUUUGAUAGUAUUUUGGAUCUUUGUAUAACAUUAAUUGUAUUUCUGUUGCAUUUAACACAAUGAAAGAGAGCGUUACCAAGAGCGUUGUGUAAAUACUAAUGAACAUGCCCGUACUUUUUAGAAAAAUAUACUUUGUUGUUGUUAUUGUUGAUGUUUGGAUUAAAUGAAGAAGAUGAUAAUGAAAACACUGUUGUUAUUUAUAUUUGACCACAUUUCUUUGGGCUGUAUACUGCUGUGCAGAAUAACAAACAUAUGAACUCACUAGAGAAAUAAUAAAUAUUUGUCCUUUUU